GUCGUCUUUGAGGCGAUCGUUUCCGAGGAACGACAGGGCUACAUUGCCUUGGACGACAUUGUGCUGCUCAAUUACCCCUGUUACAAGGUGGCUCAUUUCUCUCGGCUGGGUGAUGUGGAGGUGAACGCUGGGCAGAAUGCCUCAUUUCAGUGUGUCGCCACAGGCAAAGUCUCUGAGGUGGAACCGUUCCUACUGGAGCGGAGAAACGGCUUGGUGCUUGACACAUCCUCGCUGUCACGAUUGAGCCACAAGCGGCUGAUGGCAACUUUCCAAGUGGAGGCUCAGCGUGGGGAGCAGGACCUCUAUCGUUGCAUCACCUUUUCACCAAGAGGAGCAGCUGUUUCCAACUUUGGAGAACUCAUCGUCAGAGUGCCCCCAACGCCAAUUGCUCCCCCCCAGCUAUUGCGGGCAGGUCCCACCUAUCUGAUCAUUCAGCUCAACACCAACUCUAUUGUCGGGGAUGGACCAGUCAUUCGCCGGGAAAUCACGUACCGGGCUAGCCAGUCCACACUGACCGAGACUCAUGGUGUGGGCUCGCUUACUUAUAAGGUUUGGCACCUGGAGCCAGACACAGAAUACCGCAUCAGUGUCCUACUCACCCGGCCCGGAGAAGGGGGCACCGGGGCACCUGGGCCCCCGCUGCCCAUGCGUGCCUUGCGGGGCCUUACGGCCAGCGACAUCCAGCCUCGGCAGCUGGCCCUCCAGUGGGAGGCCCUCGGCUACAACCUCACCCGCUGCCACACCUACACUUUAAACCUCUGCUACCACUACUCCAUGCCAACGGGGGGCAGCGGAGGCAACAACGCCACUGUCAGAGAGUGCCUGUCGGUGGAUUACAACACUUCACAUUACAUCCUGAGGGACCUGCCGCCCUUUCGGAUGGUCCAUGUGCGCCUGGCACUGGCCAACCCAGAAGGCAAAAAAGAGAGUAGAGAGGUCACCUUUCAAACGGAGGAGGACAUUCCCGGUGGCAUCGCUCCAGAGUCUCUGACCUUCACUCCACUUGAUGACAUGAUCUUUCUCAAGUGGGAGGAGCCCGUAGAGCCAAACGGGCUUAUCACUCAGUACGAGAUCAGCUACCAGAGUAUUGAGUCCUCAGACCCGGUUGUUAAUGUGCCCGGUCCCCGUCGUACUGUGUCCAAGCUAAGAAACGAGACCUACCACAUGUUCUCGGGUCUGCAUCCUGGAACUACCUACCUGGUGUCUGUCCGUGCCCGGACUGCCAAGGGCUUUGGCCAGACAGCUCUCACUGAGAUCACCACCAACAUCUCCGACAUCCCUUCUCCGCUGAGUGAAUCUGAGAGCACCAUCACCGUGCUACUGCGUCCAGCCCUUGGGAGAGGAGCUCCUGUCAGUGCCUACCAAGUGGUGGUGGUGGAGGAAGAUGGUUCCCGGCAGAUGAGGAGGAGGGAGGUGGGCACUGUGGACUGUUUUCCCACUCCAAACUCACACAACGAGGCCCAGGCCAAAGGGGCGCCACAUUACUACACAGCAGAGCUGGCACCCAGCAGUCUGCCAGAGGCCACACCUUUCACAGUGGGAGAUAAUCACACCUACAAUGGCUAUUGGAACAGUCCUCUGGACCCCACCAAGAACUACCUUGUCUACUUCCAAGCCACCAGCAACUUCAGAGGGGAGACCAGAAUAAAUUGCAUUCGGAUCGCCCGCAAAGCUGCCUGUAAAGAUGCCAAGAGGGCUUUGGAGGUAUCCCAAAAUGCAGAGGACAUGGGUUUGAUCCUGGGUGCCUGCGCCGGAGGUCUUGUUGUUCUCAUUUUGCUGCUGGGAGCCAUUGUCAUCAUUGUCAAAAAAGGUAGGAAGAAGGUGGCCAUAAACAAGGCGGCCAUGUCCUACAGGCAGGAGAAGAGUCGGAAGCUGAGCUCUUUAGACUGCAGCAUGACAGAGCAGAGCACUCUGCAGCAGGAUGAGAGGAUGGCCCACUCCUUCAUGGAUGCCCACGGCUGCAACGCUCGCAAUGAGCAGCGCAGCUCUGUCAACGAGUCCAGCAGCUUACUGGGAGGCUCACCCCAGCGUCAGAGUCGGAGGAAGAGCUCGCCCUAUCACACAGGCCAGCUCCACCCUGCUGUAAGGGUGGCUGACCUCCUCCAACAUAUCAACCAGAUGAAGACAGCCGAAGGAUAUGGCUUCAAACAGGAGUAUGAGAGUUUCUUUGAUGGCUGGGAUGUCACCAAAAAGAAAGACAAGACCAAAGGAAGGCAUGACAGCUUGCUCAGUCAUGAUCGCCAUCGAGUCAAGCUCCACUCGCUGCUUGCGGACCCCAGCUCUGAUUAUGUCAAUGCCAACUACAUCGAUGGUUACCAGCGAUCAAACCACUUCAUCGCGACUCAAGGCCCCAAGCAGGAGAUGAUCUAUGAUUUCUGGAGGAUGGUUUGGCAGGAGAACUGCUUCAGUAUUGUCAUGAUCACCAAGCUAGUGGAAGUGGGCAGGAUGAAGUGCUGCAAGUAUUGGCCCGAUGAGACAGAACUAUACGGUGACAUCAAGAUAACACUACUGAAGACUGAAACUCUGGCAGAGUAUACUGUGCGCACCUUUGCUAUGGAGAGGAGAGGUUACCCAGCCAAACAUGAGGUGUGCCAAUUCCACUUUACCUCAUGGCCUGAGCAUGGCGUUCCAUACCACGCCACUGGCCUGCUUUCUUUCCUGCGCAGGGUCAAGACUUCCACCCCCCCUGAUGCUGGUCCAGUGGUGGUCCACUGCAGUAUGGGAGCAGGCAGGACUGGCUGCUACAUCGUGCUAGAUGUCAUGCUGGAUAUGGCUGAGUGUGAAGGAGUAGUGGACAUCUACAACUGUGUUAAGACCUUGUGCUCCCGUCGUAUCAACAUGAUCCAGACCGAAGAGCAGUACGUGUUCAUCCAUGAUGCCAUCCUGGAGGCCUGUCUAUGCGGAGAAACCGCCAUCCCUGUCUCAGAGUUUUCCCUCACCUACAAGGAGCUGCUGAAAGUGGACUCUCAGAGCAACACAUCACAGCUCAGGGAGGAAUUUCAGACCCUGAACUCAGUGACUCCUCACCUGGAUGUGGAGGAGUGCAGCAUCUCUCUGAUGCCCAGGAAUCGGGAGAAAAACCGCAGCAUGGACGUCCUGCCGCCCGACCGCUCCUUGGCCUUUCUCGUCACCACAGACGGAGAAAGCAACAAUUACAUCAACGCUGCGCUUGCUGACAGCUUCCUGCAGCCAGCCACCUUCGUAGUGACGCCACACCCCCUGCCGGGGACCACCACUGACUUCUGGAGGCUUGUGUACGACUACGGCUGCACCUCUGUGGUGAUGCUCAACCAGCUCAACCAGUCCAACUCUGCCUGGCCCUGUCUGCAGUAUUGGCCAGAACCGGGGCUUCAGCAGUUUGGGCCUAUGACAGUGGAGCUUCUGUCCAGAACUGCUGACGACGAUGUUAUUAUCCGCCUCUUCCGGAUUCAGAACAUCACACGGCUUCAGGAAGGCCAGCUCGUGCUGCGUCACUUCCAGUUCUUGCGCUGGUCCCCAUACCGCGAUGUGCCAGACUCCAAAAAAGCCUUCCUUAGCCUUUUGGCUCAAGUACACAACUGGCAGAGGGAGUGUGGAGAGGGUCGUACCAUCGUCCACUGUCUGAAUGGUGGCGGUCGUAGCGGGACUUUCUGUGCCUGCACCAUGAUCCUGGAAAUGAUUCGUCACCACAGUAUGGUGGACGUAUUCUUUGCUGCCAAAACGCUGCGCAACUCUAAGCCAAACAUGGUGGAGACGAUGGAGCAGUACCGGUUCUGCUAUGACCUUGCCCAGGAGUACCUGGACUGUUUGGAAGUCAGAUAGCACCUAUCCCUGUAUUUUCACCUGUCCUAAAGGAAAAGGUCUGGAUGCUGGAUCCUGCAUCCUGGAUCUUUGCUCCUGCCUCCUUAGUCCUUACACACAGCUCUUGUUGUUGUCAUUACCUGGAUGAAACAUACCUAAAGGGUGAUUGAGAAGGUUCACUGGACCACUUGUAACAUACUACUAAUGAUGCCCUUUUUGCUUAACUUAAGUUUUAUGAUCCUGCCCCAUACUCUUCUGUGCCACUUUUCAUCUGCCAAACCAGACUGUAACAGGAGUGAAGUAGACUUUUAAGAACACUUUAAAGGCUGCCUGGCUCUGUGACUUCCUUCUCGCCGAACAGGAUUUAAAGAGCUCCACUAUAUCCUGCCUUACUAUGAACAAAUCCCGAAAGGGAAUUCCAGUUGUUCCAUCCACAGUGGGAAAUUUUAUGUUUGUUUGUAACACUGUAAAUGGUGCAAUCUGCUGUUAGUGAGCAUCCCAUGUCGUACUGUAAUAUAUUUGAACUUUAUUGUGGAUGAGGGUGACGAGAAAAUUAAACUGAGGGUGAUAAAGAAAAAAGGACAUGCUGUUUUUGAGGAUGUGUCUGGUCUAAUUUCUCUUUAUUUAUUCUUUCUGUAUAUAGAGUUUUGGCCCCUUCUAUUGGGUGUUUUUAGAUGUUCUCAAAGUCUUAUCAGUGUGCCAAUCCAUGAUCUCUGUGUCUAUAACGGGUUAGGAUUCAGAAUCUGCAUGCCCAAUCUUAAGUGUUUCAUUGCAGUGUGUGGCCCAAGUCUGCUUCUUGGUGGGUCGUGCAGCGUGAAUCUCUCCACAAAUCCUGAGAGACCGUCAGAAGAAUAACCACGUGUCUUUGUGAGAGUAUGGCAAAACAUGUUGCUUUCUAGAUUUGUAUUUAUUCAAUGUGUUUUAUUUUCUAAUCAGUGUAUAUAACAGGAAAAGAAAUAAAAUAUGCUGAUACUUACGAGUCAAUGCGUUUUGAGAUGGUUUUUGUACGUCUCACGUGCAAAGCUAG